UCCGCUCUGACAGCAUGACGUCCGCGUGGCUGCUGCUGCUCCUGAACAUCGGCCGCGUGUGUCUCCAGGGAAACGGGAAGCCCAACUUUGUCCUGAUGAUGGUGGACGACCUGGGGAUCGGAGACCUGGGUUGCUACGGCAACACAACCCUGAGGACCCCCAACAUUGACCAGCUGGCCCAGGAGGGGGUGAAGCUGACGCAGCACAUCGCUGCAGCGAGCCUCUGCUCUCCCAGCAGGGCGGCGUUUCUCACCGGACGCUACCCGAUCCGAUCAGGCAUAGCGGGGGACGGCAGGAACUGCGUCUUCACGUUCAUCGCUGCGUCGGGAGGCCUUCCCCGCCAGGAGGUGACCUUCGCUAAGAUUGCCAAACAGCAGGGCUACGAGACGGCUCUUAUAGGGAAGUGGCACCUGGGUCUGAACUGCGAGAGCAGCGAGGACCACUGCCACCACCCCGGGGUCCACGGCUUCGACUACUUCUUCGGCAUCCCGCUGACCAACCUGCGGGACUGCCAGGCGGGCCACGGCACCGUGUUCAUGGUCUAUAAGUACCUACCGUACAGGACGCUGGGCAUCGCCGGCCUCACCGCGGCCGUCCUCCACUACGCCGGCGUCUUCGUCCUCCGCCGGCGGCUGCUGCUGAGCCUGCUGGCUCUGGUCGCCGCGGGCGCGGGUCUGGUAGCAGGGCUCAUCGUGAUCAUGCCGUACAUCAACUGUGUCCUCAUGCGGGACCACAGAGUCGUGGAGCAGCCGUUCACGUCUGAAAACCUGACCCAGAGGAUGACCCAGGAGGCCGUGGACUUCAUAGAGAAGAACUCGGCGAGGCCUUUCCUGCUGUUUUUCUCUUUCAUCCAGGUGCACACGGCCAUGUUUGCUUCAGCGGCGUUCAGAGGAACGAGCCGCCACGGCAUCUACGGGGACGCCGUCCACGAGGUGGACUGGAGCGUAGGUGAGAUCGUGCGGACCCUGGACAGACUCGGACUGAGUGAAAACACUCUGGUUUACCUGACGUCAGACCAGGGCGCCCACCUGGAGGAGAUCUCGGCCGAGGGGGAAGUCCACAGAGGAUGGAACGGGAUAUAUAAAGCAGGGAAGUCCACAAAUUUUGAGGGCGGGAUCCGUGUCCCGGGACUCCUGCGCUGGCCGGGGAACAUCCCCAGCGGCAGACAGAUAGACGAGCCCACCAGCAACAUGGACCUGUUCCCAACGGUGGUGCAGCUGAGCGGAGGGACGGUCCCGCAGGACAGGCAGAUAGACGGUCGGGAUCUCAUGGAUCUGCUUCAGGGGAGAGCCGACCGCUCCGACCACGAGUUUCUCUUCCAUUACUGCAACGCCUACCUGAACGCAGUCCGAUGGCAUCCCAAAAACAGCAGCUCGGUGUGGAAAGCCUUUUUCUUCACACCCAACUUCUACCCUGAGAGCGAGACGGCGUGUUUCCACACGCACGUCUGCUUCUGCACGCCGGACGCCGUGACGUACCACGACCCUCCGCUGCUCUUCGAUGUGUUCAGGGACCCGUCGGAGACGACGCCGCUGACUCCCGACACCGAGCCGGCCUUCCACGCCAUCCUGGCCACCAUGGAGGCGGCGGCCGAGACCCACGGCAGGGCGGUGGAGCCGGUGGAGAGCCAGAUCUCAGCGGGGAACGUGGUGUGGAAGCCCUGGCUGCAGCCGUGCUGCUCCACCCUCACGCAGCUCUGUCGGUGCCAAGAGGACGCGGGGGGGUCUUCAACGAAUUAA